AGUUAGGCACGGGCGGGGAGGUGUCCCUUCCGCCGCCGCUGCCCCUUUUUCUGCUCCAUCUCGCUCACUGCCUCCUCCAUCAUCUCCUCCUCUUUGCGACCAGCGGGACGUGCCGCGGCUCUUGCCUGCCUGAUUUCUUCCAGGGGACUGAUGCCGUCUCCCCUGCUCGCGUCUGGGGGUGACAGAGAAGGGAUGCAGCGGGGCUCCUUGGGGUGAUUCCUCCAACCCGGUGGAACUGGUGGUGCUGCCUGGCGAGGCUGUCCCCUUGCCCGGGACGUGGGACACGUUGGAGCAGGAGAACGCGAGGGAGUAGUGAAGUGAGGGUUGCUCUCUCUGCACCCCCCGCUCUUGCUCUCGUCCCAGCCCUGGGACCCUCUGGCAGGCGUUCUGAAAGGAAAAUUGCGGAGAGUUCCAGGCAAGGUGGGGCAGGACCCACCUGAUUCGGCAUCAGAGUGAACGAAAAUGUCUUUAUUUAAAGCCCGUGAUUGGUGGUCAACUGUUCUGGGAGAAAAAGAAGAAUUUGAUCAAGGCUGUUUGUGUUUGGCUGAUGUCGAUAAUAGUGGAAAUGGACAAGAUAAAAUAAUUGUGGGUAGUUUUAUGGGAUACCUACGAAUCUUUAACCCUCAUCCUGUAAAAACAGGAGAUGGGGCUCAAGCUGAAGAUUUGCUUCUAGAAGUUCAGCUACGAGAUCCAAUACUACAAGUGGAAGUAGGAAAGUUUGUUUCAGGCACUGAAAUGCUUCAUUUGGCUGUGUUGCAUUCUAGAAAACUUUGCGUCUACUCUGUCUCAGGAACCUUGGGUAAUGUGGAACAUGGGAACCAGUAUCAGAUCAAACUGAUGUAUGAACAUAAUCUUCAGAGGACAGCCUGCAAUAUGACUUACGGAUCAUUUGGUGGUGUAAAAGGUCGGGAUUUAAUUUGUAUCCAGUCUAUGGAUGGGAUGCUGAUGGUGUUUGAGCAGGAAAGCUAUGCCUUUGGGAGGUUUCUCCCUGGUUCUCUCUUGCCUGGCCCCCUUGCCUACAGUUCCCGGACAGACUCCUUCAUCACUGUCUCUUCCUGCCGACAAGUGGAAAGCUACAAAUACCAAGUACUCGCUUUUGCAACAGAUGCAGAUAAAAGACAGGAGACUGAACAGCAAAAACUUGGUUCUGGAAAAAGACUUGUUGUAGAUUGGACUCUAAAUAUUGGAGAGCAAGCCCUUGAUAUAUGUAUUAUGUCUUUCAACCAGUCAGCAUCUUCUGUUUUUGUUCUUGGUGAAAGAAACUUUUUUUGCCUUAAGGAUAAUGGUCAGAUUCAAUUCAUGAAGAAACUUGAUUGUAGCCCAAGUUGUUUUCUCCCGUACUGCUCAGUUUCUGAAGGAACAAUAAAUACUUUGAUUGGAAACCACAAUAGCCUGUUGCAUGUUUAUCAGGACGUGACACUGAAGUGGGCCUCUCAGCUACCCCACGUUCCUGUCGCAGUGAGAGUGGGCUCUUUACGUGACUUAAAGGGCGUGAUAGUUACCCUGAGUGAGGACGGUCACCUGCAGUGUUCAUACCUGGGGACAGACCCAUCUUUGUUCCAAGCCCCCAAAGUUGAGUCCAGAGAGCUGAAUUAUGACGCACUUGAUGCAGAGCUGAAAGAACUUCAGAAAAUCAUUAAAGAUGUUAACAAAUCACAAGGUGUUUGGCCCAUGACUGAGAGAGAAGAUGACUUGAAAAUUUCCGCCGUGGUUUCUCCUAACUUGGACUCCGUGUCUCAAGCUCCUGAUGUUGACGUGGGAACUGACCUUGUCCCUUCAGUCACAGUGAAGGUUACACUGCAGAAUCGAGUGGCAUUGCAAAAAGCCAAAUUAUCAGUCUAUGUGCAGCCACCUUUGGUAUUGUCACGUGACCAAUUCACUUUUGAAUUUACCGCACCAGAGAUGACUAGAACAGUGGCCUUCUCUGUUUUUCUGAAAGGAAGUUAUGCACCACCUGAAUUGGAAGGAAAUGCUGUUGUUUCUUAUGCCAGACCAACAGAUCGAAGUCCUGAAGGCAUUCCUCGGGUUACCCAAUGUAAAUUCAGACUUCCCCUGAAAUUAAUCUGUCUCCCAGGCCAACCUUCAAAAAUUGCAAGCCACAAACUAACGAUUGAUACCAACAAACCUCCCGUCAGCCUUCUCAGUCUCUUUCCAGGCUUUGCCAAUCAGUCCGAAGAUGAACAGGUGAAUGUAAUGGGUUUUCGAUUCUUAGGUGGUUCCCAAGUUACUCUUCUUGCUUCUAAAACCUCUCAGCGAUAUCGCAUUCAGAGUGAACAAUUUGAAGAUCUUUGGCUCAUAACAAAUGAGCUUAUUAUCCGCCUUCAGGAAUAUUUUGAAAAGCAGGGAAGCAAAGAUUUCGCAUGUUCUUUUUCCGGAUCCAUGCCCCUUCAAGAAUAUUUUGCGUUGAUCGAUCAUCAUUUUGAGCUGCGGCUCAAUGGUGAGAAGUUGGAAGAACUCCUCUCUGAAAGAGCUGUGCAGUUUCGGGCCAUCCAACGCCGGCUGUUAACAAGGUUCAAAGACAAAACUCCUGCCCCGCUCCAACACCUGGACACCCUGCUGGACGGCACCUACAAGCAGGUGAUGGCGCUCGCAGACGCCGUGGAGGAAAACCAAGCCAGUGUGUUCCAGGCGUUCAGCAGGCUGCGCAGCGCCACGCACCUGCUGCUUCUGCUGGUCGGGCUGUGGCAGAAGCUCAGCGCCGACCAGGUGGCCAUCCUGGAGGCGGCGUUCCUGCCUCUGCAGCACGACACUCAGGAACUGGGCUGGGAGGAAACGGUGGAUGCCGCGGUGUCCCACCUCCUGAAGACCUGCCUCUCCAGGAGUUCCAAGGAGCAGGCUCUGAGCCUGAGCAGCCAGCUGAGCAGGCCCCGGGACACCGGCCGGCUGAAGAAGCACAUCACCCUGCUCUGCGACCGCCUGGCCAAGGGCGGCCGCCUCUGCCUGAGCACCGACGCGGCCGCCCCGCCCGCCAUGGUCAUGCCAGGCGGCUGCGCCCCGAUUCCAGAGUCAGACCUGGAGGAAAGGUCCACGGAACAAGACUCCACCGAACUGUUCAGCGGCCACAAGCACCCCGCAGCGGAGCCGCCCGCGCCUGAAGUUGCACCCCUGCGAGGCCUCUCGGAGUAGUGCACGUAGAGUUGUCCGGUUGAGGGGAAGACGGCUUGCCUCGGGCUGACGCUGUGUGGACCUCGUGCCAAGCGCAGACGUAGGGCUGGCCCAGGUGCUUCACCUAGCUCACCUGGCUGGACAUGGCACUGGGUAGAGAUGGGGGCCGGGACUUUUAUUUUGACGGGCAAGCCCACUGAAACUGGUCCCACCAGGAGAGGACGCUGCUGGUUGGUCAUCCGUGGGUUUGCAGCCACAGGAGACAGGGACACGGCAUCUUUCCGGGACAGACUUUAUAAUGCAGAGACCUAGAUCCGAAAUAAUUUGAUAACCAUUAUUUUUCAGAAUUCUUGUAUAGUACAUGUAUCAAGUUUAAUAAAACA